AUGAUGGACUCAGAUGAUGACGAUAUCUACCCGGAGCACGGUGAGACGAAUGGCAACCGACCCCAGGGAGAGGUGAAGAUGGAGGAUGUGGAAGACGGUGAAGAGGAGGGCGAGGAAGUCGAAGAGGAAAGCGACGAUGACGUCGACUUUAUCAUUGAUGCAGACGCCAAAGACGAGCCUCAAGCAGAACAACCAGGAUCACAGACGAAACGCCCCUCAAGCCUUCUUCCAACAGUUGCAGAUAAUAUCAGAAAGUCGUCAUCGACACCGACACCAGUAGUCAACAAGGCAGGAACUCCUGCUGCUGAUACGAGAGGAGACUCGCAACCACCGAACGACCGUCCCGGCACAGAAUUUCCCGCGCGGCAUACAUCCAAGAUCGAUCCAAACGGGAACCCCAUCCAUCCAGCCACAGGCAAGCCUAUCCUUUCGACGGACUUUGACGUUGACUUUCCCACCGACUCUUCCAAGCCGUGGCGAAAGCCCGGUGCGGAUAUUACGGACUAUUUCAACUACGGCUUUGAUGAGUUCACCUGGGCAUCUUAUUGCCUGAAGCAGCAACAAAUGCCCAAGGAAGUCAAGGAGAUCACCCAGCAAGCCGAGCAACUGAAAGCGUUCGUCGAAGGGAUCCCUGGCGGUGGAAUGCCUGGCAUGCCGCCCAUGUCUGGUGCUCCUGGUCCAGGUCCAGCUUCAGGUGCUGGUCCUGCCGGUGACAUGUCGCAAAUGGCAAUGCCCUCUGAGGCUCAAAUGCAGCAGAUGUUUGCAGCUAUGACAUCUCAAGGCCUCGAUCCGACAGCCAUGGACCCGUCUCAAUUCAUGCAGUUCAUGGCCGCCGGCGGAGCCGGUAUCAUGGGUCAACCGCAACCCCCUACCGGUCCUUCUGGCGGGUUCUCCGGCGGAGGGGUUGGCGGCGGUGGAUUUGACCAAGGAGGUGGCGGCGGUGGAGGCGGCUUUGGUCGCGGAAGAGGGAAGGGUGGAAGAAGAAAUUGGUAG